AAACACCGCGUCGCUGGAAUGGUAAAGUGCACAGUGCUAUACAAGGAUUUUUGUAUUUUUUUCAUGAACUAGGGAAUGGCUAUUGACAUUAAGCCUAAGAAUUAUAUAAUGUACAAGUAUAAAGAAAGAAUUAAAGAAAAAAAGGACUCAUUAUACUGAAUGUUAUCGAUAAUAUCGAGAAGAAAUAGGGGUGCGGAAGUUCCGCAAUGCCUAUACACAAGCCGCCACUGCCGCGGAAUUCUUGUACUGGUGAGAGUCAAACCGUUUUAACAUACUUAUAGGCCCCCAAGCAAAGCAAUGCACGGAAACUCCUACAUACACGACAACAAAAUUAAUAGAUUAGUAUGGGUCCCCUAGACGUAAGACUCUUAGGUAACUGCCCAAUGUGCUUGUGUACAGAAAUGGCACUGGUAAAAUCUGGUAACUAUAAAAAUCUGAUCAAAGCAAUCGAUUAAUUAGCCGAAUAACUAAUUGGUUAAUAAUAAUAGAAGAGAAAUACAACCAUUGUGUGUGUCUUUGUGAUACAAUGAUUCUUCUUAAGUAUAACACCUGUGUCAACAUGCGAUUUCGCAUCAAGAGUCUUUCAGAUAAUGCAAAAACUAAAUAUAUAAAUUUAACCAAAUUAGAGAGAUUUGUAGAUCAAGUGGAGACCACUCCUGCAAAGAUUGAUGUUGCAUAUUUAGAAGGGACGUAACUCAUAAGAAUACAAACACCGCCCUUUUUCGUGUUCAUCGUCGCUGCUAAUAUCUAAAACUUUUAUGUGGUUAUAUUGUAUAUAUUUCGAAAUAGCGACUGGAAACAAAACAAAUAUAUUUUAAAGAUGAAUAUUAAAUGGAAAAUUAUACCAAAAUCGAAAUUGGACAGGGCUGCUUUUUUUUUAAUUAUGAUAGGUAUUCAUGUUGCUAAAUGGUUUUAUCAUACGGAAAUUUUACCUUCCCGAUUCAAACAUCUACCUUGGCAUGAUCCCGUUUACCUACUUCAUUUUACCUUUAGUGUAAUUUGUUAUUUUAAUGUUAUGGUUUGCAUUUGGAAGAUAAGUUCUACAGAUACAACCAGUGGUUCUGUGAUCCUUCCGAGUGUUCUGAAACCUAAAUGGUUUUAUUGUUCAGUUUGCGUCUGCAACGCACCUCCAAGGUCUUUCCACUGUGACAUUUGUGACAGAUGCAUCCUUAAACGAGACCAUCAUUGUCUAUUUAUUGGAACAUGCAUUGGCCAUAGCAAUUUCCGUUAUUUCAUUUUACUAUUGUUCUAUGUAACCAUCGGCUCUUUUUAUGCAAGCCUGAUGUUUGUCCGCUACACACUGACUGAGUUUGGUAGACUUUCUUUCGCUUAUCUCUUCAGUAUAAUUGUACCAAUUUUAGCAUGGUUCUUUGGAGUUUUAUACUCUUCUCACUUGCUAGCUUGUUUUCUCACAGGUCUUUCAUCACUGAUUUUUGUUGCUGUGCUAAGCUGUUUGCUUUAUCAUAUCAGAAAUAUUUAUAAUGGACAGACUACUUAUGAACGUCGUUCAAAAAAACAUGAUUAUAAUCUUGGAUGGAAAAGGAAUUUUUUAGAUGCCUUAGGUAAAAAUUACCACAUAUCCUGGAUAUGUCCUUUGAUUAAUUCUCCCUUACCUGGUGAUGGCAUCAAUUUUACCACUUGGGAUACCUGUGAAACAGCUAAAUCUCUUUAAAAUCACAGUUCAAAAAGUACUGUUACUAUAAAAUUGCAUUUUAGAUACUUAUAAAAAUAUAUAAUUGAAGCAAAACACAUUUUGGCUUGGUUCUCUACUGGAAAUUAAGUAGAUUGACAGGAAUUCAGAACCAAUAUAUUUUGACUGAUCAUAAUUGUUUUUUUACAAUAAUUUGUAUUUUACUUUACUGAUUGUGUGCCUUUUAUUACUAUUUCACAAGAAGCAAGGUUUGAGUCAUACUAGAUGAUUUUCUUUCCCAUUUAGAAUAAGGAUUUCCAAUACUUUCAGGUUCUCAAAAUUGAUUAUAAUUAAGGUUUUUAUUUUGAAGUUGGUCACCUGACAUUAAAGUAUAGACCUCAAUUAUAAUCGAUACUUGAAUAAAAAAAAAAUUAAGAAACUAAGUGUCUUUUACUACGAUUAAUAAAUUAUGGAUUGUGUCGCAACCCAAAAUUGGACUGUUGCUUUGGAUUCUGAGGGUUAUAUUUCUUGACAACAUUCCCUAAAGAUAAAUUUGAAAUAGUUGUCGUGCUUACUGUUUUAUAUAAUAUAAAGAGGUGUAUUUUUUUAUUUCACCAGCUUCAUAAUAUAAACCAAGUAUAUUUCACAUUUUCAUCUGAAUAGGGCUCCAACCAUUUAUUUUAUUUUUAAACCUUUUGAUACUAAACUACUUGAGACAGCCUUUGGUUCUUUGAUAAAGACUUUGCUUUAAAAUCAUCUAAAUUUAAACCUUGCAUCAAAGUUUCAUGUUAAUUUAUGAUCCAGACUUCAGCUUAACAAUGACAGUUAUUUUACCGACUUCUUUAUUUUCAAAAUUAAUUGAAAUGUAAACAAUGAAAAUAGAGAAACAAAAUAAGUCAAAGCUGAAAUGCAUUAUGUAACAUAAAUGUUUAGGUCUUAAGGUAUAUAACCUGGAAGUUUCAUUGAUUCAGUAACUCUGUUUCAGUUAACAAGAUAAGUGAACUAAGCAGUGUAUAAAGAAGCUUGGUGUUCCCUAGUGAAAUCAGUCUUGUCUUUCAUUGUACAUAAUAAUUAACACAAAUGAAGACUUCCUCUUCAUUUCUCUGUUGUAAGCUUAGUAGCAUAGUAAAUUGUUCUUUCAAGAAGAAUGUCUGCAAAAAGGCCUACGUAUUUUAUGACUCAUAAUCAUAUCUUAAAUUUAUAUCCCCAAUGUGACUAUUAACAUUAUUGAAAUCAUGUAUUUAUUUAUAUCUAAAAUAUGAAAAACAAAAAUGAUAUUUAACUUCAGUAUUUUUGGCCACCAGUGUUCAGCUUUUGGUAUUAAUAUUUUUUAGAAAAAUAAAAUAGAAAAAUGUAAAAAACAA